UUGGCAUUACUUGCAGUCAAGUACUUCAGUCAUAUUGAAAAGCUUCUCGGAUUUUUCUGUUGUUUCGAUGAUUAUUUAUAUCUUAACAUACCAAAUAAGAUUCAAAGUAGCGGCAGAAAAAUAGUGCUAUCAGGGCGCAAGUUUAGUGAACAGGAAAAAGUUAAUAAAGGCCCUAUAAUUCCAUUUGAAAAUGUUCGUCUACGGGUAGCAGCCAUGAUAGGUAUAUCUAAGAAAACCGUUAGCACUAUUACCAAACAAGGCGAAGUUACUACUUCCACAUCUACAAAAAUAUCAACAAUUGAACAAUGGAGUAAACAAAAUAAAAUAGAGUUGGAUGAUUUUGAUCUGUGUGCCGUCAAAAAUAAAAUACAUCAAAUUUACAUAGUCAGAAAACACGUCCCUACUUUGGGUAAAUUUACAACUUUAAUGGGGGUUGCAUCACAUUAUGGAAAAUAA